AUGGAGGUAACUGGGACUGUGAGCCACUACAAAGACGGCGCGUUCUUCGUGAUCACGCUAGCCGGCAAGAAGCUGAACUCGCUGACGCUGGGCGACUACAUGGAGCUCGUGCGCUUGAUGCGCGAGGCGGACCAGGACGACGAGGUGCUGUUUACGGUGUUCCAGGGACACGGCAAGAUGUUCUCCGCUGGCGGCAACGUGGAGUCGUUCUCGCGCGUGAGCGUGGAAGGCAAUAACCGGGUCGCAGAGCUGAUGAGACACCCAACGAGCCCGGUGCUUCUUUUCGGCAACACGUUUGCGACGCACUCCAAGGUGACCGUGGCGUGCCUGAACGGGCCGGCGUACGGGUUGUCGGCGGCGUUUGUUCUGAUGUGCGACUUGGUGUACGCGAUGAACGACCAGAUAUACCUGGAGCUGCCGUUUGCGUCGCUGGCGCUGGGCCCGGAGGGUGCGCUGUCGGACACGCUGCCCGGGCUUCUCGGGCGGCAUAUGUCGAACCGGUCGUUGAUUCUAGGGGACCGCAUCCCGUACGCGGCGCUGGAGGGCAAGCUGUUCCCGGGGCACUACGGGCUGCAGGAUCCUGAGGAGUUCAACCGCCGCGUGCUAGGGGAGCUGCGCGAACACCUCAAGACGAUGGACCGCACCACGCUGAUGGGCACGAAGCGGCUGCUGCAGGAGAGGACGCGCCCCGCUUGGCUGGCCGCGAACGCCACGGAAGCGCACAACGCGCUCAACAACUUCGUUCGUGGCGUGCCGCAGCAGCGGUUCUUCGAUGUCACGCAGCGCAUCCGCAAGUCCAAGCUCUGA